UCAGUGGCUAGCAUCCUGAAAAUGACAUCAGACUUUGGCAGAAUGUGCAAGCAGAUAGGAACAGUAUUUUUAAUAUGGCUGCAGUGAGUGAUUGCAGGGUUUGUAUUAGGAAGCGCGUGGUUACUAGGGACGCUGUUGCUAUGGAGCCAUUCUUGGGCAUGGUACAGCACGUCGCCUAUCAAGCAUUAAGAUCUCUGAUCAAGAACUUCGAGGAAUAAAUCCUUCUCAAAACAUAUCGACCGAUGUACAGCUGUAUACUUAGGCUUGGUUGCCUCAAGGACAAAUAAAAAAAAAAAACGGUGCCCUUUGAAAAAUUGUGUUGUAGACUUGCGAUGGAUACAAAUAACUAAAAAUAUCGAUAAAUUUCCAAAGGAACUCCCAUAUACUCCAAAGAAGGAGCACACGAGAAUAUUAGGCAGUGAUUAUUUUGAUUUUUUUAACCCCAAAAAUGGCGCCCCAAAAUUACAGGCCAAGCAAGGUACGUACCAUUCCCGCCCCACCCAAGUUUCGUCACUGUAGAGGCAGUGUCGUCAGGAGAGAAAGAAAGAAAAAAAACAUAGGAAGCUGGGAUAGAGCAGCGAGCCCCAAGUUCCCAAUGAGCUCUUGUCAAGAUCCUGGGGAAAAAGAGAGCAGAGAGGAGGCCGGCAGACUGCAUAGAUACAGGCACUGGAAGAUCAAGAUGAGAGAUCAUCGCGGCUCCAACUCUGCAUUAUGUUGCACUGAAUUAAUCAGAUCUCCCACCACCUUCAGUAUCCACCAGGGACCACUUCGGUCUAUUCCUACUUUGAGUCUAGAGGUGGAACGUUCCCGUACACUGUCUUUUUUGGACUCCAGUACAUCUUGAAGCGAUGGCUGAGCGGUCCUGUAAUUACAAAGGAAAUGAUACAAGAGGCAAAGGAGCUCUUCGCGGCUCAUUUCAGGACAGAUAAAGUCUUCAACGAAGAGGGGUGGAACUACAUCCUGGAGCGCCAUGGUGGGAAAUUACCUCUCCGAGUGUGUGCUGUGCCCGAGGGGUCCGUCAUCCCCACAAAAAAUGUUCUGUUCACUGUGGAGAGCACAGACCCCAUGGUCCCUUGGGUCACUAACUUUUUUGAGACUGUCUUUGUUCAAGUAUGGUACCCCAUGACGGUAGCAACAAAUUCACGCAUUCAGAAGCAGAUAAUCCAUGGGUAUCUACAGGAUACUCAUGAUAACUUGGACUCUCUUCCCUUUUCUCUACAUGACUUUGGAUACCGAGGAGUUUCAUCUAUAGAGACUGCAGCCAUCGGGGGAGCUGCACACUUAGUUAAUUUCAAGGGAACAGAUACAGUUGCAGCUUUGCCACUUCUGAACAAGUAUUAUGAUGCUCCCAUGGCAGGAUUCACCAUACCUGCCAUGGAACACUCAACAGUAACCUCAUGGGGAAAGGAGGGGGAGGUUGAUGCCUUCCGAAAUAUGCUGGAGGCUUUUCCCAGUGGACCUGUUGCAUGUGUAAGUGACUCUUAUGAUAUCUGGAAAUGCUGUGAAAAAAUCUGGGGAGAGGAGUUGCAUGACAUUGUUGUGGAGAGAAGCAAGACCGGGGGAGUACUAGUCAUACGUCCAGAUAGUGGAGAUCCUCCAACUGUGGUUCUCAAGUGUUUAGAAAUUUUAGGAAAAGCCUUUGGAACUGAGACCAACUCCAAAGGUUUCAAAGUUCUUCCUCCUUACAUUAGGGUGAUCCAGGGAGAUGGUAUAUCCUACAAGACUGUAGGUAGCAUUCUAGAAAAUUUGAAGAAUCAUGGCUGGUCUGCAGCAAAUGUCUCUUUUGGCAGUGGAGGAUCUUUGCUGCAAAAGGUAAACCGUGACACACAGAAAUGUGCCUACAAGUGCAGCUAUGCAAUAAUCAAUGGAGAAGGUGUAGAGGUUUUCAAAGCACCUGUCACUGAUGUUGGCAAAACCAGUAAGAAAGGCCGCUUGGCUUUGCAUUGCGUUGACGGAGAGUACAAGACCAUCGAGGGUGGAAAAGGGGAUCCAAAACAGGACCUCCUUGUCCCAGUGUUUGAGAAUGGCACUUUGCUGAAGAGCUACACUUUAGAGGAAGUCAGAGCCAGAGCAGAGUUGGGUCCCAAUGACAUUGAUGUCUUCAAGUUCCUAGAAGGAGAACAAGAGAGCAAGGAAUAAAACGAUGAUCCAUUCUAUAUCUGAUAUACGUGUAUUAUAAUUGUUAUUGCUGUAUUAGCUUAGUUUUGCUUGUUUGUUAAAAAUAUCAAGUCCAUUGCCCCAGUCAUCAGGCCUUUUCUCACUGGAUGUCAAAUAUUUUGAUUUAAGCAUGGUAACAGGAUAAUGAG